UGUGUAGGUGUACACAAGAGUAUUCAAAAUGGUGGAUCAUUGAGUGUGUGUGUUAGGUGGUAGUAAUUGAGAAAUCUUUUACAGUGCAUGACAUACAUCUUUAUGUUUAACGAUGUAAAGAAAAAUCACUCCAUGUGUCCUGAAAUAUAAAGCAAGUUUUGUCUAAUGAUAAAAAUGGAAUCGACGUUUGUGAUCAGGAUUUUUGGUAUCUAUUUAUGAUUCCAGAGCAUUUUUAAAUAUAUGCUGUUUCUAGGCGAUGAUGUGUAUACUUAACAUUAAUAACCCAAUAUCUUAAAAUUCUCAAAAUAGAUACUGCUCCAACAAGGUGUUUUUAUAUGCACCCAUAUUCAUGGAUGCUGCAGAUGGAGCAGCAAAAAUGAUGAGAAUUUCAUCAUUUUUUACAAUAGAGGAAAAAUUUAUUUACCCAAUAGAUAGCAGCCCUGGUAUCUGUGAUGACAUGUGUAACUUGCUACUCUCCGAUUUAGAAGCCACAUGAAAAUUUUUUAUUGAUCAUGUUUAUAUACUUAAGAUGUGUGAUUAGGCUGAAUAUACUUUUCGUUACUAAAAUAUGUAUGUGAUUUUAAGACCAGGCACAGGUGUAAAAGUGUGUUGAUUAGAGGAGGUGCCUGUGCUACUGUGAGGAAAAGAUAUGGCAAGAAAGUCUGAAACCCAGCGCACUUUUAAUAUUGCUGUCGUUGGUUUAUCUGGAACAGAGAAAGAGAAAGGAAGUACUGGUGUUGGAAAAUCCUGUCUUUGUAAUCGCUUCAUUCGUUCAUUGGCUGAUGAUUACUACACUGAUCAUAUCUCUGUGUUAAGCCAAACAGAUUUCAGUGGUAGAGUGGUUAAUAAUGACCACUUUCUGUAUUGGGGUGAGGUUUCAAAGCUGUCGGAAGAAGGACAGGAUUUCAAUUUCCAUGUUAUUGAGCAAACAGAAUUUAUUGAUGAUUCAUCAUUUCAACCAUUCAAGAGUGGGAAAACCGAUCCUUAUUAUAAGAGAAGCGCUGCAACAAAAUUAACUUCAGCUGAGAAACUAAUGUAUAUAUGCAAAAAUCAGUUAGGUAUUGAAAAAGAAUAUGAGCAAAAAUUAUUACCUGAUGGAAAAAUUAAUAUUGAUGGUUUUGUAUGUUGUUUUGAUGUCAGUGAAGUACAAGGACGGAGCAUAGAAAAACAAGUUGAAUUUACAGCUUUAAUUUUAACCAAUCUUCUGAAAACCAAGAAACCAGUAGUUCUUGCCACUACUAAAAAUGAUGAAGCAAAAGAGAUGUAUGUAAAGGAAGCGGAACGUUUAGUGAAUCGGAAAGAAUUUAAGAACAGCAUUCCUAUUGUAGAAACAUCAUCUCAUGAAAAUGUGAAUGUAGAUUUGACUUUUAUCAUAGUUGCACAAAUGAUAGAUCGGACUAAAGGCAAAGCCAAACUCGUGCCAUUCUUAGAAUCUGCUAGGUCAAGAAAAGAAGUCCUAGACUUUUGUACUGAAGCGUAUCAAUCACUUAUUCGUGCACAAGUCACUGAUUAUAGAGCUCUUUGGAGUUCAGUAAGUAAAAAAUUUGCACAGAAUCAGGAUUUUAUCCACUAUUGUGAACUGUUUGGUCAUGAUGCUGCCCAAAAAAUGUUUAGAAGGCAUGUUAAAAAGCUUAAAGAAGAAUACAUUGGUAGGAAAAUGCAGAUGUAUAUUAGGAUAUUGCCUGAAGUUCUUGGUGAAUUGCUGCCUGACCUAGCAAGCAUUGGUGAUGGUGAAUGGGAAACUGUACGAAUGAAGCUUCAGCAACAUCCAGACUUCACUCAGUAUUUUCUGGAAAGUCCUGAUGAACAGCCUUGGCAAGAGAGUGAUUUGGUCGACAGCAAUGAAACUCGUAUUCCUCUAGACAUUCUUGAUUCUUCAGAAGCUGAAGCAUGCUUUGAAGAACAUAAAGCUGCUCUUGAAGCUGAAGAACGAAGGAAAGAGAUGCGCCAACAAUUCAAGGAACUUCUGGAAGAAACCGGUUAUGUUACUCCUGGUAAACCUUUAUCGGAAGUUCAAGUGCUCUUCAUGGGUCGGGAAUGCUAUGAAUCACUUUCUGAACAAGAUUUGUUGGAAAUUUAUGAUGAACAUCAGAGAGAAAUUACUGAAAAAGCUAAACAGAACUUUCAAGAACUUUUACUUGAAAAUGCUGAAAUUUUUUAUCAUUUCACUAGUGUUGGUCCUGGAAGUGUGAUAACUCAAGAAGACAUCAAUAAAAUUACAGAAAAAUUGCAAGAAGAUUUAAGGUAUAAAACAUUAGAUCGAUUGGAUCAAGAUCGAAUGCUGAUGUUAUUACGUCACUUAGGGUUUGUUCACGGACCUAUACGAGAGCAUUGCCCUGCAUCUCUAAAAUGUAUGGAUACACUUGUGGAAAAAACCAUUGCUCAAAAAGCUCAUAGACCUUUCUCCUGGCAAAGGAACAGUCAUUGGUUAUUAGAAAAUAAUCAGCUUAAUUUAGUUCUAUUAGGAUCUGGUGGUUUAGCUGAUGAAUUGGCUAAUGUAAUCAAGGCACAAUGUACAGAUGAUAUGUUUGAAGUGGAUAAAGUUCAGUACUCAUUAGAUUUCAGAAUUAUUGAUGGUGAUGUUGGGUUACCACAAAAUUCAUUUCGGACAUCUGACUUUCUGCCUCAUGGUUGUUUCUGUGUUUAUUCAAAUCAUCAAACAUUGGAAUACAUUAGAGAUAGUCUGGAAAAAACUUUGCUCUCAAAUUUAGAACAAGAAGAUAGAUUACCUUUCCAUGGUCUUCCUAUUGUGAUUUUAUUUGCUGCUGAUAACAGUAUAAAUGAGAAAGAUCUGAUUUUUUUAAGAGAAGAAGGCCAAAAUCGUGCUAAAAGCUUACAGUGCCCAUUUUUGGAUGUAAGUUGUCCAGAUGAUUCAGCUGAUCAACGUUUUGAUGUUGCUAGUCUUGUUACUGCUUUACAAUCACUUAUUGAGAGUAUUCAACGGAGAGCUGGAUUAUUACAAAUAUAUCACACUCUUCCUGAACAGGCUAUUAAUCCUGAUAUUAGGAUCAUUAUGUGCAUGCUCUGUGGAGAUCCUUAUUCAGUUGAUCAUGUUCUGGGACCUUUACUUAGUCAUCAAUGUUGUUUCGUAACUCCUCCUCAUACUAUAACUUUGGAAACUUAUCUUGGAGAAUCAAAGAGAAGUGUAGAAGUUAGAGUGACGUCUUAUCAUGGUGCCAAUUCCUAUCGUGAUGAGCUUGUACAUGGAUUUAUUUUAGUGUUUUCAACUAAGCGAAAAGCUUCCUUGGCUACUCUCAGUGCAUUUUCCAUGAACAUACCAAACAUUCCAAUACAGAUUUUAGCAGUGACUGAAACAGGAAGUGCAAAUGCAUUUUUUUCUAGUGAUUUGUCUCAUCAGUUGAUAACAGAAGGCAAUGCUGUUGCAGAUAAACUACAAGCUCAUUUCAUGACCUCUAGCUCAACAAGUCAACAGAAGACUGCAUUCUAUACACCUUUUUUCAAAGAAGUGUGGGAAAGAAAACCUCAGAUUGAAAAAGCUUUCAGUCUUGAGGAUUCAGAUUAUUCUAUUGGUAGUCGUACACCUGUUCCACCUCCUGUGCCUUCUAGGCAGGAGUCAUAUCACUUAAGAAGUGGAUCAUUAGAGGAUGGUGGAGAUUCAGAGGGCCUUUAUGAGCAGCUUCCAGUUGAAAGUGGUCAUGGACCAGAUGAUGAUUCUAUUUCACCUACUGCUUUUAUUGAUGGUCCACCAUUGAGUCCUAGUGAUGAUAGUGACCUUUAUGCUAGUGUAUUUAAUCAAGAAAAUGGAGAGCAUUUAGUAAAACCGAGUCAGAUUAAAAAUAGGAGAAGCCUGCAAGCAGAAUUAUAUCGACAGUCAUUCCCAAGUACCGAAUCAUUGGAUCGUUCAGUUUCUAUGAAAUCUCGUGACAACAAUGGCCCACCUCCGCCAUUACCUCCUUCUCGCCAUGAAAGGGAUCCUAAUUCUGGCAUAGAUCUUGCUUAUCCUCCUCCUACACUUGAUACUUUCACUGGCAAUGCAUCUCCUCCCCCCUCUUAUCACAGCCAGGUUCAUUAUUCUCCCCGUCUGCCCCCUCACCCAUUACCUUUGCCUUCAUCUUUGUAUGCAACUGGUCGAAGAAGACCUCCAGCUCCAGAUCGUGCUUUACCUUUUCCAUCUUAUGAAUUGAAAAAAUCCAACAGUUUGAAAUCAUGCGGCAUAGGGAUGCCUUCUACGCCAUCAGCACCUAGUCUUAGCCAUACUAGUUCUGGCCAAGGUUCAAGAAUACCUGAUGACUUAGAUGGCUCUGAUAGCAUUACUGAUGAUGAUGAUACAAUAUCUUCUGGCCUUAGUGGGUAUGGGGCCUAUCCACCACCGCCUGAACCUGCACCACCAGAUUUACCCCCUUCGCGAAUGAAGAAGGGAUCUAUAACUGCUGGUCACCAUACUUCUCGUACAAGCUUGGAUGAGGCAGAGGAAGGGGGAUCUCAGGAGUCUCUUAAUCGAGAAACAGGCUGGGUUGAAAAUAGAUUAUUCAGUCAUGAAAUGAGGAAUAGAGAAGAUUGGCCAGAUAAUGAAAUGUAUCAUACUUAUCAUGCUGAUAGACAAAAGGUUCCUCCCCCUACAAAGCCGAAGCCUGGUAAACCAAAGCCUAAGAAAAUAGACCUUAAACAAUAUGGACAUUUAACUGACGCUAUAGGAAGAAUAAAUUUAACUUCUCAUAAAUCAGGAGCUACUCUGCCCAAAGUUGGUUUAAUGCAUGCUCCUCUGGCCACCCCUGAAAGUAUGGAUCUAGGCAAUGAAUAUGCUCAAGUAAAGGAUGCUGUUCACCUAUUUUCUGCUGAUCGAAAUGAAUAUGAAUAUGCAGUUGUUCACAAUGCUUUACCUGACAGUAAACCUCAUAGGAUACGAUCAUUAACUAGAAGGCAUGGAAACAGAGAUGCAUUUGAUCGAGGCUCCGAUUCUGAAAGUGAAUGGAGUUCACUGGAACGCAGACAAAGAGAAGUAUACACAAAAGCAAAUCGUAAACCUACUUUACACAAGAAAACUCGUAAAAAGCGUGGCAUACCUGUAGCUCCUCCCCGGAUCCCUUCUUUUGAGGGACCACCACCUCCACUCCCACCAUUUCCUGGGGGUCAGAGGAUUGUGACUGCUCAAUCUCUUGAUCCACUAGACAAAGUUCGUGGGAGUGGAAACAAUUCACCCUCAGAAGGCAGUGAUUUAUCCGAAGAGGAUGAUCCACGAUACAAAACCAAUCAACGUCUGAAACACAAACACAAGCGCUCCUUUCGUUUGCGCCGUAGAAAACAGCAUGGUCAGCAACUUCAACAGCCACAACAAUCGGAAAAGGCACAACCACAUCCUCCUCCUCCUUUAGGAGAUUCACUUCAAUUUAAUGCACUUACCUCUGAUAGUGAUCUCUUCUCUCCUUCAUCAAAAUUGAAGUUGGAACAAACUCUUGCUUCAGUACCACCUCAGGAAGAUGAUUCUAGCUAUGAAGUUGCUUCACCAAGAGAUAGCUCUACUGCAGCUCGAGGCAAAACAGAUAAUGACAAGACAGCUAAAAAGAAAGAGGAGCGGAAGAAAAGUAGGGAAGAUGAAAAGCAAGAAAAAAGAAGAUUGAAGGAAGAAGAAAGACAAAAGCGUCUAACAGAGAAGAAGAAAAAGAAAGCAGCUCAGGGUAAAAGUGGCACUAUAACUCAGCAGCUUCAAGGUAUUGAAGACUUUAUGCAGUCUGAAGACAAUCCCACCCCUUUAUUUGUUGAGAAGUGCAUUAAAUUUAUUGAAGAGGAAGGCUUAGACUCUGAAGGAAUUUAUCGUGUUCCUGGAAACAGAGCUCAUGUUGAUUUGCUAUUUCAAAAAUUUGAUGAAGAUCCUUCAAUUUCUAUUAGAGAACUUGAUAUUCCUGUUAAUGCAGUUGCCACAGCUUUAAAGGAUUUCUUUUCUAAAAGACUUCCACCAUUGAUCCCGCCAUGUUUAAUGAAUGAACUUACUGAAAUAUCUGGUGCUUCAUAUUCUUCUUCGGGAAUACAGGAUAAGAGUUGUAGACUCUUCACUUUAAGGGACCUUCUCAAAAAGCUCCCAACAUGUAAUUUUGAAAUUUUGAAAUUCGUCUUUCAGCAUUUUGUUAAGGUUGCUGAUAACUGCCGAUUGAACAGUAUGGACAGUAAAAAUUUAGCAAUUUGUUGGUGGCCGACACUCCUUCCUUUAGAAUUCAGUGAUAUGAUGAUGUUCGAAAGAAUGAGGCCUCAUUUGGAAGACUCUGUGCAAACAAUGAUUGACCAGUUCCGUUUUCUUUUCUGUGGUGAAGAAGAAGUUGUGAUGCAGACUGCAUGAAGGGGAAAUAGUCAACCAGCAUUCCUAUCCUAUGGAUAAAAUGACAUGUUAUAAUAACUCAAUCGAAAUAUAUUGCUGUCUUUGAAAAUCAAAUCUAGUCAUUCAUACUGUUAUAUAAUGUUUGUAAUGAAUUUUGUGUUAUAUGUGAAAUAUGACUUGCAUACUAAGAAUAGUACCAAAUAUCUCAAUAAUUUUUUACUUUACAUGGAUACUUAUAUUUAUUUAAAUUAUUCAACAUUAGAAUUGUGAAUAUUUUUAGUUUUAUAAUUAUGAGCAACUCGGAUAUAGACAUAUAUAUUGCAACAUUCUCCCUGUAGCGCUUUAAAGGUGUAAAAUCUUAACUACUGCUAAUGCUUAAAGAUUGAGAUUUAUUUGUAUUUGUGUUCUGAUUGUGAUGAAUGCUUGAAAAAAAAUUAUAUGAUGUGCAAAUCAGAAUACAGUUUAACCUGUACAAGAUGAAUCAGAAGAGGCCUUAAAUUGCUUACUUGUUUAUGCAUUAUUUCUUUGUUUUAAAUCAGCCAAUCAACUCUUUGUAAUAGUUGCAUAUAAAUAAGCUAAAUUGUUAGUAUAAAAUUGAAAGUUAAAUAAAGCAUUUUCUUGAAUUAGGUUUUGUAAUUUUUCACAAAUAAUUGCUUCUCACCUUUCUGAUAUGUGUUUGUAAUUAGUGCAUUUUUGUUAAGCUAUAAAAGCUUUUGUCAUUUAACAUACUGUUGUAAAAGUGGUAUGUUUCAGUCUAUUCUUCAAAAUGAUUUUAACCGAGAUUAAUUUGUAAAUAUUUAUAAAAUUCUCAUAUUUUAGAUGAUUUUUGUUUAUUUUUUAUAUGCCUUUUGAGAUUUAUGAUUAUUAAAUACUCACUGAAAUACUCAGUAACAACAAUCAACAUUUCAUCUAUAUACUCAUUCUUAGUUAUCAGUACGUCAUUGACAAAAAAAAACUUAAUUUUGUCUAAAUAGAAGACUCAGUUUAUUUUCUAAACCACUUAGUAUAUUUUUUAUUAAGUUUUUAGAUUUGUUUUAGUGUAGAAUUGUAAAGAAUGAGGUUUGUCUUUUACAGGUUUUACUGUAUGCAUUUAACCUAUUUCAUGGUUUAUGAAAUGAAAAGUUUGUAUGUGUGCGAGAUGUAGUUUGUAAAAGUGAGUUAUGAAAUAGUUUUAUCAUAUGGAAGUUUUAUAAAAUGUCUAUAUCACUGCGUAAACAACAAUAAAAACUAAAGUAAAUUUAGAAUUAUUUUUAAGAGUCGCAUUAUUUUUGUUUUUUGCAUCAGUUCAUUACAGCAUAAAUUGUAUAGUUCAUUUUGCGUAACUAUUUUGGUGUUGUGAAGACUUGUAAUUUACCAUGAGUGUUGUAAAGAAUCGUCGAAAGUCAUGUAAAGAAACCUUUUUUGUAAAUUGGUUUUUGUAUAAAAAAAUCAAUAAAUUUUCAUUUUAAUAUCCAACAGUUUGGUAGUU